AUGACGCAAUAUACACUGCAUACCUCGUCUUUAUUUGACCCUCUGGUCAAGCAGGUUCGCCAAAAUGUCUCCAUUACCGUUGACUCGGCAACUGGCCUCAUUGUUCGCGUCUUUGAGAGAAACGACGAGCAAGAACCAUUUUUACAGAUUCUGCAAGAGCGAGACAUUGACCUGCGGGGCAAAGACCUUGGGUCGGAGGGAAUGCAAGAAUGUGACGCCAACCUGAGAGAUGCCAUCGCUCGCGGGCUUACCCCGGGGCCACGCCUGUUCGUGGCAACCAAGGUGAUUGCCAGCACCGGUUCCUUUGAGCCGCGCACUGAGAACAACGCCGGCGGCCACUGCCUACCGGCUGGGGCGGAUGCUGUUGAUGGUGUCGAACAAUGCCGGCAGGCAGUUCGGCGACGGAUUGCCACGGGAGCAGAUGUAAUCAAAUUCUUCGCUGAUUACCGCCGGAGAAUCAUGAGAUCACCCCCUGCGCAGCAACAUCCCUACAUUCCAAGCGUUUUGCAUCCCCCCAAAGAACCUAACCCGGACUACUUGGUGUUCUCUCAAGAAGAGAUGGAUGUGAUCGUCAAAGAAGCGGAACUAGCGGGCGCCCCAGUGUCGGCGCACUGCUGCACAUUGAAGGGCGCAUUGGCAGCCAUCGAGGCCGGGGUCAACACCAUUGAGCAUGUUUACUUUGGCACCGAUGACAUGUUCAUGCGUAUGAUUGACAAGGGAGUCAUAAUGGUGCCUACUCUUGCGAUUGCAGAAAAGUUGCAUGCCCACCGGUUUGACCAGAUACUAAAGCAAGUCAAACGGGCGCACGACCUUGGAGUUCGCCUAGCUUGUGGCGGCGACACGGGAACCUUUCCGCAUGGCGACAAUGUUCGGGAGCUGGAGUUGAUGAUCGAGGCUGGUAUACCAGUAGUUGAUGUGUUGGAGUCGUGUACUGUUGGGGGGUGGGAGGCCUGUGGAGGAGACUUAUGCGGGAGGCGAUUUGGAUGGUUCGCAGAAGGCCUGCAAGCCGACAUUGUGGCCUUUGAUGAGGAUCCUGAGAAGAACAUCAAGGCUCUCAGAUCUGUCAGCUUUGUCAUGAAGGAUGCAAAAGUGUGGAAGGAGGGCGGAAUAGUUCGAGGUAUGCUCUAG